AACGGUCCAAAUUGCGGACACCGCUAUAACAGUCAUAAUUACAAAAUCCAUUCAGUUGAAGAAUCUUAAUCUCGGAAUCGUGGACACUUGUUUGAUGAAAUAGGAGCAUGUGAUAUUUUUCAUUUCCACCGUCCAAUGAAUGCUUAUAAAUAGAGUAGUUAUGUGACAGUAAGAGUCUACGUUUUGGUCGUUCAUUUUGGAUUCAAGUUUUGAAUUUCUCAGUGCCAGCGUAUCAGCUAUCGCACUCUGCCUGAGUAUUCGAGUUUUCUUUAAAUUCCGUCCUUUUCAACGGUUGCUUUAAAUGUUUCCGUUUAAAAUCCAACGGCUACUUUCCAUUCUCGCGUGCCUUAUCAAAGGGACCUUUGAGUAGGAGAGAAGCAGCAGUGGUAGAGUAGAUACCAGAGAGAGAAUUCCCAGCAACCUUUUCAGUGUAGAGGAAGAGGGGCAGAGAGCGAGAGAGAGAGAGAUGGAUUUCAGCUCCUUUCUCACAUCCCUUGCGACUUCCUGUGUCAUCUUCUUUGUGCUGGUCUUUCUAUUCACAUGGCUUUCAAGGAAGCCUUCCAACAGUGUCAUCUACUACCCAAACAGGAUCUUGAAGGGAAUGGAGCCGUGGAAUGGUAGGAGUACAAGGAACCCGUUCGCUUGGAUUGGAGAGGCUUUAAGAUCGACGGAGCAAGACGUGAUUACGAUGGCCGGAGUCGAUGCUGCCGUCUAUUUCGUGUUCUUGGGCUCAGCAAUAGGAAUAUUAACUUUGUCCGGGAUUGUGCUGCUGCCGGUUCUUCUUCCAGUCGCCGGAACUGACGUGGGUUUGAAAGUGCCCAUUGACACUAACAGUAAUGGUACUUUCAGCAACCUCGACAAGCUAGCGAUGGGAAAUGUCCAGCUGAAGAGUCCAAGGUUGUGGGCAUUCUUCCUUUCGACAUAUUGGGUUACUUUCGUUACAAUGUAUGUGUUGUGGAGAGCCUACAAGCAUUGUUCUGACCUUAGAGCUACUGCUCUGGCAUCCCCGGAAGCAAAACCUGAGCAAUUCGCCAUAUUAGUUAGAGACAUCCCUUCUGUUCCUGAAGGACAAACAAGAAAAGAGCAGGUUGAUUCAUAUUUCAAGAAUCUCCACCCAGAGACUUUCUACAGAUCCAUGGUGGUCACAAACAACAAGGAGGCAAAUAAGAUUUGGGAAGAGUUGGAGGGAUACCGAAAGAAACUUGCCCAUGCUGAAGCCGUAUUUUCAGCAUCGAAAACUACCGGCAAACCAGAAGGAACAAAGCCUACGAACCGAACUGGCUGCCUCGGUCUCAUCGGCAAGAAAGUCGACACGAUCGAUUUCUGCAACGAGAAGAUCAAAGAGCUGGUCCCUAAACUAGAGGCUGAACAGAAGGUCACCAUCAAAGAAAAACAGCAACCUUCUGCUAUAGUCUUCUUCAACAGCAAGCCGGCUGCAGCCUCUGCAGCCCAGACGCUCCACUCGCAGAUGAUUGACACUUGGACAAUAACACAAGCUCCCGAACCCUGUCAAUUGAUAUGGACCAAUCUGGCCAUCAAGUUUUGGUCGAGGCAGAUAAGGGAGAAGGUUGUUUAUGCUAUUGUCUUUUUGGCCAUAGUCUUUUACAUGAUACCGAUUACAUUCGUCUCAGCAUUCACGACUCUGAAGAAUCUAAGGAAGGUUCUAUCAUUCUUGAAAGUGAUAGUCGACAUUGAUGCGGUUAGGACGGUGCUGGAAGCUUAUUUGCCUCAGAUUGCACUCAUUGUGUUCUUGGCUUUGCUGCCAAAGUUCCUUAUGUUUCUAUCUAAAACCGAAGGUAUCCCUUCACAAAGCCAUGUCGAGCGAGCGAGCUCCGGGAAGUAUUUCUAUUUUAUCGUGUUCAAUGUCUUUCUUGGAGUUACACUGAGUGGGACAUUGUUUACCUCAUUGAAGACAAUUCUCAAACAUCCUGAUGAGAUUAUCGAAAUGUUAGGGAAGAGCCUGCCAAAGAACGCAACUUUCUUCCUCACAUUCGUUGCUCUGAAAUUCUUUGUUGGUUAUGGGCUCGAGCUGUCCCGUUUGAUACCUUUGAUUAUCUUCCAUCUCAAAAGGAAGUAUCUUUGUAAAACCGAAGCAGAGGUUAAAGAAGCUUGGGCUCCCGGGGAUCUUGGUUUCGCAACCAGAAUUCCCAAUGACAUGUUGAUUAUAACAAUCACCCUUUGCUACUCAGUAAUAGCUCCUCUGAUCAUUCCAUUUGGCGUGAUAUACUUUGGCCUUGGAUGGCUUAUUCUUCGGAAUCAAGCACUGAAAGUUUAUGUUCCCAAAUAUGAGAGCAACGGGCAAAUGUGGCCUCACAUUCAUGUACGGAUCAUCUCAUCUUUGGUACUCUACCAAAUUGUCAUGAUUGGCUACUUUAUUAUAAAGGAAUUCUACUACGCCCCUUUCCUGUUCCCCCUUCUCAUACUCUCUGCCUUCUUCACUCACAUUUGCAACAAACGCUUCUACCUUGCCUUCCAACGCACCCCUCUCGAAGUUGUCAGCCAGAGUUCGAAGGAAAUCCCAAACCUGGAAUAUGUUUUCAAGGCAUAUGUUCCACCGUGCUUUAGCACGGAGAAGUUUGAUGAUGAUUAUUAGGAGCUCAACAGUGCUUGAUAGCACUUCAAGAACAUGAUCCUUUUUAUGUAAAUGUAUGUAUUUCGACUUUCAGUGUUUUCUCUGAUCUUUGUAGAUGAAGACGUAAGAAUUGUUCUGAUGUUCAGUUUGUUUGUUGAUAAUAUGGUUUCAAAUACUAUUUUAUCAUUGAUUUAAGAAUUUGCUGGGUCUUUGUAUGAAACACUCUAUCUGUCAAUGUGAUGAUUUGUUAUGUGAA